AUGGACAGUUCGGACGGUCGUUUGAAGGCGUACAAGUUCGUCGCCUACUCGUCGGUGGUGUUCAGCGUGUCGGCGGUGCUGGCCGUCUGCAUCACACUGCCCAUGGCGUACAACUACGUGCAGCACGUCCGUGUUCAGAUGAGCCACGAAAUUAAAUUCUGUAAAGGAUCGACGAAGGACAUUUUUGCAGAAGUUCAUCAUCUGAAGACGAUUCCGGUGGCGGUCGACGCCAACCGAACGCGCCGUAGCGUUGACGGAUACGGCCCGAGUAUCCUGUCCACCGGCGAGGUGAGCAGCGGUGACUCGGCGGUGUCUUCCAGUUGCGACGACUGCUGCAUUCCAGGACCUCCCGGUCCUCCGGGUCCCCCAGGACGACCUGGAAAGCCCGGUACGCCAGGCAUGCCCGGAAUGCCAGGUAUGCCCGGAAUCCCUCCGCAGGCACCAUGCGAACAGCUACUUCCACCACCAUGUAAGGAGUGUCCUCCAGGGCCGGCGGGACCCAGAGGCCCUCAAGGCCAACCCGGAGAUCCAGGAGAGCCAGGAAACGCCGGCAAACCAGGUACAGAUGCACUUCCCGGCCCACCGGGUCCGCAAGGACCGCCAGGUGAUAUUGGCCUGCAAGGUCCGGACGGUCCUCCGGGAGAACCCGGUGUGCCAGCAGUUGCUCCUCCAGCGAUUCCAGGCGAACAAGGUGAUCAAGGAGAACCCGGAGAACCUGGUCCACAAGGUCCACCAGGUGAACCAGGUAAAGAUGGAGAAGUUGGUCCUAAGGGUCCCAAAGGCGAAACGGGCCCUCAAGGUCCUCAAGGAGAAGAUGGUUUGCCAGGGCCACAGGGUCCAGCAGGUCCAAUGGGUCCACGGGGUGAAAAAGGCAUAUGUCCCAAGUAUUGUGCCAUCGACGGCGGCGUUUUCUUUUCUGAUGGCACUCGACGAUAA